GGGGGCGGGGUCUCCGAGCAAGCGUGUUCGGGUGUCUCCCGGCUCCAGCCCUCGCUGCUGCUCCCGCCGCCGCCGCUUUUCACCAUGGGCAACGUCCUGGCUGCCAGCUCUCCAGCGCCCCCUCCUGUGGUGUCAGGGCCAGGCUCUGGCUUAGUAUCAGUGCCACCGGGUUUCUCCAUGCCUCCCGUCACUGGACUGGUUCCCCCCACGCAAGAUCGCAGUGCAGAAGACAAGUGUGACCAGCUUCCUAACCCUGGCACCUUUGAGGAAUGUCAUCGUAAAUGCAAAGAAUUGUUCCCUAUUCAAAUGGAGGGGGUGAAAUUGACAGUAAACAAAGGUCUCAGCAAUCACUUCCAGGUCAAUCACACAGUGGCUCUCAGCACGGUUGGCGACUCCAAUUACCGCUUCGGGGCGACGUACGUUGGGACAAAGCAGCUAAGCCCCACAGAGGCCUUCCCGGUGCUAGUGGGUGACAUGGACAAUAGCGGCAGUCUUAAUGCACAGAUUAUUCACCAGCUCACAAAUAAAAUCCGGUCCAAAGUGGUCCUUCAGACGCAGCAAGCCAAGUUUGUGAACUGGCAAGUGGACAGUGAAUACCGGGGCACAGAUUUCACUGCUGCUGUCACGCUAGGGAACCCCGAUAUUUUAGUAGGUUCAGGGAUCCUGGUGGCACAUUACCUACAGAGCGUCACGCCGUGCCUGGCGCUGGGCGCGGAGCUGGUGUACCAUCGGCGUCCAGGUGAAGAGGGCACUGUCAUGUCACUCGCUGGGAAGUACACAGCACCAAACUGGAUUGCGACUCUGACAGUAGGACAGGCUGGAGCACAUGCCACGUAUUACCACAAAGCUAGUGACCAGUUGCAGGUGGGGGUGGAAUUUGAAGCCAGCACCCGCAUGCAGGACACGAGUGCAACAUUUGGGUACCAGCUGGAUCUCCCCAAAGCCAACCUCCUUUUCAGAGGCUCCAUCGACAGCAACUGGAUCGUGGGGGCUGCCUUGGAAAAGAAGCUGAUUCCGCUGCCCCUUACGUUAGCUAUGGGUGCCUUCCUGAAUCACCGCAAGAACAAAUUCCAGUGCGGCUUUGGCCUCACCAUUGGUUAAAUUGCCCUUCUUCUUCCUCCUCCUCCUCCUCCUCCUCCUCCUUUUCCUCCUCCUCCACCACCACCAUCUCCUCUCCACCACACUUCAGUGCAGCUUGUGGCCCCC